AUGGAUUCACCCAAAGAAAAGGAAAUUAUUAAGAGUUGCGAAGACAAGGAAGAACCUAGUGACCUGUCCAGUACUCUGAAUGUAGAAAAAAAUACUAAAAUAAAUAAAGGAAAAAAUAAUAACAGUGGAAAAUACAAUUAUAAACAGGUAAGAGAAAAUCAAACGAAUUCAAAUGAUUAUUUAAGUAAUAAUAAUUAUCAGUAUAUAUUUAAUAAUAACAAUGAAUAUCACAACCAAAAUAAAAUGUAUCAUAAUUAUGGUACGAACACUAGGAAUCAUAAAAUCGGAUACACCAAUGGAAGUAACUCGCAUUUAUCAAGGGGAAAAAAUUAUAGAAAUAACAACGUGGAAUAUAGCAUCGUUGGUAGUGAAGGUUUUGUUAACGAGAUAGUGCAUACGCAAGAGAAGAAAAGAAACAAGAGUAAUCGAUACCAAAUCGAUAUGCCGAACAUUUGUAAUGGGCCCAAGGGGGAACAAAAUGAUGCAUCUAGUAGUAGAAAGCAAAGCGGAACAAGCAAAAUGAACGAUGUGUAUCAAGUGAACGGAACGAGCAAAAUGGACAAAGUGAUUGAAGUAAACGGAAUGAUAGAAAAUGGAAUCAAUGAUGAAAGAGUGAAUAAUAAAGAUAUUUCCCGAAAUGGAAAAUAUCAAAAUUUGACAAGGAGAGCGAAUAAUCGAAUGGGUAAAAAUUACUUGUCGAAAUUAAUGACAUCAAGAAACAAUAUCAAUGAUUACAAUGGAAGAGAUGAAACGCUAAUAAACGAAAAUGAAAACGCUUUUAUAAACAAGGGAAGGAGAAAAAACAAUAGUAGAUACCAUAAUGCCUAUAAAAACAAUUCAAAUUAUUUCUACAAUUCUGGGAAUAAUCAAUCUACGAAUUAUUUUGAUACAGGCUGUAAUAACUACGGCAAUCAUUACUCAAGUGGUAGUGCACCCUAUCGAAGCGACAACAGUGUCUGUAGUAGCGUCCCUGGUUCUAAUGCCUACGGACACACCUAUGGAUAUGGUAAUAACUAUGAAAAUGAGAGCUAUAACCUAAGUGGAAAUUACAUCAAUGGGUUAUACAAUCAGGGAGGUAACUACAUCCAGAAUGGAAAAUACAUCCACAGUGGGUUAUACAAUCACAAUGGGAAUUACAAUCACGGUGGGAAUUACAAUCACGGUGGGAAUUACAAUCACGGUGGGAAUUACAAUCACGGUGGAAAUUACAAUCACGGUGGAAAUUACAAACAGUGGGGUAACCACGCUCGUGCAGCGUCCAGAGACAAUAUGGAUAUCGGAAAAAAUGUCAACUCUGAGGUAAAAGAAAUUGUGAAGGAUAACCAGAAUGGUCAAGAUUCUCUAACCUGCAUAAUUGAAAAUUAUACUGUAGAGAAAGAAAAUUUAGAGAAUGAUAGAAGCGACAAGAAGAACAACUCCUUUGCUAUUAGCAUUUCUAACUAUCAGUUGGGAAGUGAGGGAAAGGAGGAUUUAGGGCAUUCGAGUAAUAGCAUAAAAAGGAAUUGUAAUGAAAUGGGUGAUAUGAAUGACAUUACUAGCACCUUUGAAAUGGAUCCACAAAUAUGCAUAAAUAUGAGCAUGAGCAUGAACAUGAGCAUGAACAUAAACACACAAAAAAAUGUGAAUCCAUACGAUGAAAACAGAUGUGAUAAAGGAGACAUUAUAUUGAGUAAGGAAAAAAAUAAUAAUUCUAUUAACGCAAGUAGGAACAGUACCGAGGAAAAUAGCAUUGAAAUGAAAUUAGAUGAUAAUGGUAAAAAGUAUAGAAGUAGAAAUAUAGACAGCAACAAGAUGAAUGAAAAUUCUCCUGAAAUGGAUAAUUGUAAAUAUGACAAAUCUGACACUGUAGACAUUUUAAGGAAAGAGAAAUAUAAUCAUGCAGUGGAAUCAUGUUAUAAUUUAAAAAAUAAUUUUAUGAACAACUGUCACUAUGAUAAAGCAAAUAAUAGUGUAAAAACCAAAGGUCAAAACGUAAACCAUCCCUCAUAUUCGUUUAACAGCACAUGUGCAUAUAAGAAAAAAGGGUUCAACAAAACUUACCCCUCUGUGUAUAGUUCUAAUUAUGAAAUGAAUGUAAAUAGAAAUUUGUGGAGAGGAAAAAACGUCCAAUAUAAUGGAAGUAGCGGCAGGAAAGAACAAAAUGGGCCAAAUAGACUAAAUAGACCAAAUGAACAAAAUGCAAGGGAGCCAUUCCAUGGAGACGACACACACAAGGAUUAUAAAAUUAGGGAAAGUGCAAAUGAAUGUAUAAAUUCUGGGGUGGAAAAUGAACUUGUGAUGAACAUCAAUGCAAAUUAUACAGAAAAUUUGAACAAGACAGAAAAAACGAUUUUCUGUAAUGAUAAAGAUAAUCUCAUAACAAAGGAGUAUGGUGUGAUGGUAAGUAAUGACUUUCAGAUAGGGAACAAUAUUGACAGAAAAAAAAGUGAAGAUGUGAAUUGUGAAAGGUUUAAGAAUCAGGAACAGAUGCAAGGGGAAGAGGGAGAACAACAACGUGGAGAAUGUUAUAAAAAUAGAAAUUGUGCUAAUGAAAAGAUAAGUACAGGAGAAGAUAUUCAAAGGGAUAAUAACACACCGGGAGUUAUAUCCAUGGAUGCACCAGAAACACCACAUGUAGUUAGUGAAGAAGGGGAACGAUUCGAUUACGAAUCAGACAAAGAGAAUUGCAACCUAGUUGUUAAGGAAAUGUCUAUACUUGUAGAUAAUCAUAGUGGGGAUAGACAGAUAAAUCUGGUCAAUAAAGUGGGGGAGAAUCAUGUCACAAAUGAGGGAAAAUCUUUUAAUGAGCCCGGAGAAUCCAGCGCUGUUGGAUUAGGAAAAAAUGGAAAAUAUAGAAAAUAUGAAAAUGUAUUUUCACAGAAUUCGGGUAAGAGAUAUGUGGAAAGUGCAAGAGGAAAAUCACAAUUCCCAAGUAUGCAUGAAUGUUUUUUUGCUUCAAGUAAGAGCAAAACGAGUAUGAAUCGGAAGGUUGAAAAUGUUGGCAAUGUUGGCAAUGUUGGCAAUGUUGACAAUGUUGACAAUGUUAGAAAUGCAGAUGAACCAGUUCUGAAUUUUUAUGUAUGCGACUCUAUGUGUGGAUUUACCAGCAAGGAAACAGAACUUGCAGAAAGUUUUCGUUGUGUAAACGAUUCCCCAUUUGAUGUUAAUAAGAAAAUAAUAACAUCUAGAAAUGUUCAAGGGGAAAACAUGAACUAUUACACUGAAGAUGCGAAUUACAAAGAUGAUAUUAUGCAAAAUGGAUCCAGUAGUAACAAUCAGAAUCUAAAAGAUGACCAUAAGGAGGAGUUGGUUUUUACGACAGACAGUACCAUGAACUGUUAUAGAGCGGAGUUCAAGCAUGUUAAGGAUAAUCAAACGUGGAAUAGAAAUUUCGUGCACAAUGGUUGGGAUGGAGGUAAUAACGAUGCAGAUAACGGUGCAGGUAACGGUGGGAAUAACAAUUUCUCAUACGAGGAGAACCACAUGUUAGGAGAAGUGAGGAGAAACGUAAAUCUAAAUGUGGACAUUCCGAUGAAUAAUUGGAAAAAAGAAUCCAUUUUUAAAAGGGAAAAGGAGGGAAAGGGUGUGUCUAAAUUUAAAAACAUGAACAUGAUGAAAGAGAUUGGGUCAGGUAAAAAGGUGAAAAACGGAGUAAAGGCUACUGAAGAAACAUAUUUAUAUGAUAAUACACUACAUCAAGAUGAAGAAAUAAUUUCUGAAAAGGGGGAAAAGAUGAAUAUGAAAAAAAAAAAUUUUAAUCAUGUUAGGUCGAGAUCAGAAAAUAUUCAAUGCUGCAAAAAUGAAAUGUUAAAAAGUUUAGAAAUAUCUAUGAUUAAACCUCACAUGGAUAAAUUUAACUAUACAGUGAAUAUCCAGGGGUUUAGAAGCAUAUUGGAAAGGGCUCUAUUUGUUUACAACGAUGAUAUAGGAGAAAGGAACGAUUCCAGGAUAGACAACAAUUUGUAUUCAACAAGUGAAGAAUCAAAUUGUGAUGAAAGAAAGAAAAUGGAUUAUGUAUUCAAUGAACAUUCAAAAGAUGCAAAUUUUGUUGAAGAAAACAAUUUUGAGAAUAUUAUACAAGUGGAUGAAAAGCAAAAAAACGCGUGUGAACAGAAUAGGGAAGAAUGUUCCUUGAAUAAAAAAAUGAAUAACACACAAAGGGAUGUUCUAAAAAAGAAUAAUAAUGAAAAAAAAAUUCCAUUUUAUAAUCCUGAUACCUAUGUGAGUUAUGACAAAUAUAUGAAAACGAAAGGAACAUUUAUUUGCAUUCUUAAUGAGAAGCACAAUGUGAUAGGAAAGAACUGCAACACAGAUACGGAUGGUAUCUAUUCAGAACAUAAACAUAUGGAUUUUACCAAUGCAGAAUUAACUACUGACAGAAAAGUCAACGCUGCAAUUGUCAUGAAAAGGAAUAAUUACCCAGCUAAAACUACCUAUGAUUCAAUAGCUAGCAAAGGGUGUAUGUUGAAUGGCAUCGGCAGUGCACAUGGAUUGGGUGGAUAUGGCAACGAUGGAAGAGGCUCUUAUAAAAGAAACAACAAUUACGAUCGGAGUGGUAAUUACAAUCGGAGUGGCAAUUACAAUCGGAGUGGCAAUUACAAUCGGAGCGGCAAUUACAAUCGGAGCGGCAAUUACAAUCGGAGCGGCAAUUACAAUCGGAGCGGCAAUUACAAUCGGAGCGGCAAUUACAAUCGGAGCGGCAAUUACAAUCGGAGCGGCAAUUACAAUCGGAGCGGCAAUUACAAUCAGAGUGACAACCACAAUCAGAGUGGCAACCACAAUCAGAGUGGCAACCACAAUCGAGGUGUCACUUCUAGCCAAAAUGUGGAUCAACAAAACAAUGUGCAGGUCGAAGUGACCGCUAGUGAGGGCCUGGGUAAUCUUGACCUUCAAGACAUUGUACACAUGCACAGCAAUGAGGAAGACAGAAAAAUUUUCAACGACAAUUAUAGAAAGAAUGGAGCAAUACAAAAUAAUUAUGGAGAAAGAAAUAUGAUGAAAAGUGAAUUUCCAUUAAGUCAAAUUUCUCACACAGCUACAGGCACUACUACCAUGACUGGAACUAUAAUGACGGUCGACACAGUCUCGUCGAGUUAUAUUAAUUCCAAGUUUCCUAUGAACAGUAACAGUGACAGAAUGGAUAACCAUAAAAUUGAUAACAAAAGUUUCUUUGCUCAUUUCCCAGAUAAACGUAAAAGAAAUGUCAACACGUCAAAUUGGGGUUACAUGGAUGAACCAAAUUAUGCCAUCUCCAAAAAUAAUCACAACAGAGAGAACAGCACCAAUCAGAAAGGAGGUCACAUGAUCGAAUAUUCGAAUGGGAACCAAAGGAGGAGGAAUCUUAACGGAGGUUCAAAUUCUGGUUAUUCCGAUAUAGAGCAUACUUAUAAUUUUCCCACGGGACAGGUAGGACAUGUCAAAGAAGAAAGAGAGAUAAGAAGAUUCGCAGAUGUGAACGCAAUAGAUGAUAACUCGAAUCAUGCUGACGUCUUUUCCUUCAGUGAAGGGAAGGACUUCCAAAAUUGGGGCAGUAAUAACCAGGUGCAAAAUCGGGGCAGUAAUAACCAGGUGCAAAAUCGGGGCAGUAAUAACCAGGUGCAAAAUCGGGGCAGUAAUAACCAGGUGCAAAAUCGGGGCAGUAAUAACCAGGUGCACAAUCGGGGCAGUAAUAACCAGUUGCACAAUCGGGGCAGUAAUAACCAGUUGCACAACCGGGGCAAUCAUAAUCAUCUGAACAGUCAGGUCCAGGACACCCAGCGAAGGAACCAAAAGAACGCGAACAUUGUCAAUUACUGCAAUAACCAAUUCACGAUGAACCUGGUGAAUAAUAACAAAAAGAAUUUUAAAAAUUUCAUGAAAAAAAAUGGGAUCAUGUCGAGUAGUAGUAGAUACAACACUGUGGGGAAGAACAGUGUGAAUGACGACUCUUAUGAAUGUAUUGAAGAAGGAAAUACUUGCUUAUACAACAACGUAGAUUCUAAUUUUAACAAUGGUGUUACAACAACGAGAUCGUGUACAGAAGUUACUAGCAGUAAUGCUAUUAUCAUUCCUUUUCAUAAGGGUGAUAAUACAAAUGGGUAUCAUUACAAAAAUAGUUGUAGUACAACUGUUAAAGAUCCAUCUGUGAAUUCAAAUGGAAGAAGAAAAAAUAAAAAAGUACAAUAUACAAAUAAUUGCACGCAAAAUUAUGAUACCAAUUAUGUGGCAAAUUUUAGUCCUAAUUAUGAUACACAUUAUUCUCCAUCAUAUGAUAUGAAUUCUUCUUUCCUUAUGAAUCCUGUUUUAUCACAAAAAUUGUGCAUAAAUUCAUCAAGUAUGCAGAAAAGUACAUAUGGAAAUGGACACCAUUACCAACAUGUUAAUACUGGUCGAGAUUCUUCAACUUUCAAUGAAUAUAAUAACUUUUCAGAAUCACAAGUAGGAAAUGAGUACACCAAUGGGGAGUGCAAACAUCAGUAUGUAAUAACGAAUACAAAAGAACAACCAUAUAGAAGCACUAACUUUGAUGCAAAUUUGACGACUGGGAGAAUGGACGAGAAAAAUGAAACAAUUAUGACUUACAGUAAUCAAUUCAAUCAUGCAAGACAAUGGAAGCAAGGGAAGCGGUCGAAAAGAUCGAAGCUGUCGAAGCAGACGAAGCAAACGAAGCAAGCGAACGAGGUGAGAGAUGCAAAAGGAGCUGACCAAUCGAACCGCACAGAAUUUAAUCAUUCCAAUGAGCAUAUGAACCAAAUGUAUAAGACACGAAAAAACAGGACUGGAAUGGAUGAAUAUGGUUGUCGCACAGAAAUGAAGGAAGAUCGAAAUAGAGAAAAUGGUGAUAAUAGCAGAAUUGAAAAAGCAGAAAAAAAGGAGGAUUUUAUUUAUAAAAAUACAAAUAAAAGUUCAGAAAAUAAUGAGCGAAAAAGUAAAUCCAAAUGUAGUAGAUGGACAGAGGAGGAAGUAAUAGAAGAGCAUGCGAAAGUAAUAGAAGAGCAUGUGGAAGUAAUAGAGGAGCAUGUGGAAGUAAAAAAUGCACUUCCAGAAAGACACACACUAAUCGAGAAAGAGAAACAAAAGAAAGACAAUGAUAAUAUAUUCCAGGAGGGACAUGAUGAUGAGGGGGUGGAUAAGAAAGAACGACACAAAGAGGGAGGAAAAGCAAAAUCAGUAAGUCAUUCAGACACAUCUAAACAGAAAAAGGAUCUGCAUCUGCAUGUAGAUAAGGAUAAGGAGGAAAAAGCAUUUAAAAAGAAAAAUACUCUCCAUGAUGAAUGUGCAAGUAGUGGAAGAGGUGAACUUCUGAGAAAUACAGAAAGCCUGUCAUAUAAAAGUGGGCAUGGUGAAACAUGCAGGAUGGUUGAGGUGGAAAGAAAUCCGGAGAAGAUGUUUACGAUCGAAAAGAAUGUAGCAGAAGAAAGUUGUGACAAACUUGAGAUAAAAAUGAAUGAAGAAAAUGGUAUUACGCAAAAUGAAACGGUGCAGAAUGGUACUUUCCAAGGGAAUGGGGGAAAAAAAGAGAAAAAUUAUCAGACAGAAUUAAAUAAGAAAAAGUUUAAUCAAUUAUGGACAAACAAAGGAGAGGUAAAAGAGACCAAGCCUCUUGUUGCACCAUAUGAACAAAUGGCAAAGAGGAUGAAUGUGGAAGAAAAACGUAGGGAUAAGAGAAGCGAUAAGAAAAAUGAGAACGCAUGCAAGAAUUAUGUUUCACACGAUGAAAGAUUUGCGUGCAAAGGUAACCAUGAGAAUCGGAGUGAUAGUGUGAAUAGAAUAUGUAAAAGCUCGAAGCAUGAAUCCAUAAUGUGUAGCACUGUAGAUGGCAAUGAUAUUAAGUUGAAUAACACAAAAAAAAAACAUGAAAAUGGAAAGUUUGAUCAAAAUAUAUGUAUUUUGAAAAAAAAUGGAUUUUAUGAUAAUACAAGUAGCGAUAAAAUGGAUAGUGUACAAAUCAAUCACAUUGUGUAUCCCCAUACAUCCAGUAUGGCUAAUGAAGAAGAACCAGUUUUUAAUGAAAAUCUCAAUGAUAAUGUUAAAAAGGCUAGCUAUGGAAAAAAAAAUCUGAAUGAUGGUAACGGCAGGGUCGAAUUAAAUGGAGAAAAACGCGAAUACAAUAACAAGAUAAAUUAUGGAAAGAAAAAUAGUAGUAGUAAUAAUAAUAAUAAUAAAAAAAAAAAAAGUUAUGAAAAAAAUGGAAAUGACACAAGUGGCUGUAACGGGAAAAUAAGCAGACCUGCAAAAGGCAAUAAAAAGUGA